GUUGUUGUGACCGUUGCGUUUGCGCCUCACCGCUCCCCCCGUCUUCGUGGCGUCGCACGCCGAGUGUAGUUGCGGCUUGCUUGAUUGGUCGCCGAGGUCGCGCGGGGUGUCAGGGAUCGGUGAUUUGUAGGCUGUCAACGUGAACUGCCGGCCGGUGCCUUGACAUCGGCUUGCCCGGUCACGAUCGGGUGGUGAACAAACCGCGUGUCACGCGUGUUGACACGUCGACAGCCCGUGCGCCAUCUGCCGUUGUCCGUGUUUUUUUUUUUUUUACGAGUCCAAGCGUGUGCCUACACGUGACAGCGGGUCUGCGCGUCAACGCACGCCCCGCUGCAGCAUUUCUUCUCCUUUUUUUUUUCUUCUUUUCUGGGCUUCCCUGCUUUGCGUGUUGGACGCCGGCCGGCUCGGAGCUAAAACGGCGCCAUGGAGAUGCAGCAGUCGGAUGACCUUUAUUGGGGUCCCGUCACCUCGACCAUUGAUUGGUGCGAGGAAAACUACGUCGUCUCCCCGUACAUUGCCGAGUUCUGGAACACGGUGUCCAAUUUAUGGAUCAUGGUGCCAUCGCUGCUGGGUGCCUGGCAUGUUCUGCAGCUGGGUCUAGAGAAGCGAUAUCUGUUUGCAUUUCUCAGCCUCGCCAUGGUCGGGCUCGGGAGCUGGCUCUUCCACAUGACCCUCCGGUGGGAGAACCAGCUCUUGGACGAGCUGCCCAUGGUCUACUCGGCCAGCGUCAUGAUCUUUGGCAUUGUGGACUAUCGCUGGAGCCACCCCGACAAGCGGGCCUAUUUGAUUGGUGCGCUGGCGUUCUAUGCCUUUGCCGUCACCGUCGUGUACCUCUACAACAAGGAAGCCAUGUUCCACGAGACGGCGUACGGCCUCAUGGUCGUGUAUCUGGUGGUGCUGGGCUACUCGAGACAAAAGAGCUCGGAAUGUGCCGAUCACAAGUACAUGUUUUGGUUUGCCGUCGUGCUCAUGGGUGGGGCCUACAUCCUCUGGAACAUUGACAACGCUGUCUGCCCUGACCUCAAGCACCUUCGUCUGCAAGCCGGCUUCUUCUCCCCGCUCUUUCAGCUGCAUGCUUGGUGGCACUUUGGCGUUGGCUUGGCUUCCUACCUACACGUUCUUCUCUCGGCCAGCUGUCGCCUCGAUCACCUAGGCUAUGAGCCCUCUUUUGUUUAUUCUCCGUGGUUGCUUUUCAUGCCCACCUUCAGCACACGCCGCGUCAAAAAGGCCUUUUAA